AAGAUCUUAUCUAAAGUAACGUGAUGACACAUCUCUUUUUUCAUCUAAUCACAGAAAUCAAUCCAAUCAUGAUAAGGGCUUUCCUUCUUCCUUUAAUAUUGAUCGUAAAUUAUAUGUCAACGAACAUAUAAUAAAAAUUUCGAAUUACGCCACCCAAUAAAGUAGCAAUCUUGUAAAUCUUUGUAAAGCAUUAACAGCGCAUCCAUAUUAUAUAAAGGCGACUAUUACUUCUGGCUAUUAUGUAUGGAGUUUUGUCAUUGUCCGAGACAAAAACAUGAACGGUGUGAUUUGGAGCAAGACACGGAAAACUUUCGUGCCAAUUUCCAGCGUACCGAUUUAUGCCAGGAUGCAACAAGAACGCCUCAGACAGAAUCGAGCACUCGAGAUCCACAAUUUUCAAUUACAGAACUUAACUUUAACAUCUUUUCAGGAGCCGCAUUUCCUUCAGUUCUACGAUAAUAAUACGAAGAUUACAGGACUCUGCGGGGAAAUAUGGAACUUACUUUCCGAGUCGCUAAAUUUUACAUUGCAGCCAGUGAAAGUAAAUAUAGACGGCAUGGGCAUGCCGGAAGAAGACUUGACUUAUAAACACGGAUUAUUAGGUAUUAUUUUUCGCAACGAAACCGUCGCGAUACCAAAAAUAGAAACAUUUAGACCGCGACUUGCGGCGGUCGAUUUUUCAAUACCUCUUUGGAUAAACAGAAAUCAGUUAUAUAUUCAUCGCGAAAUGAUAUAUGACAAUAUAUGGAUGGUAAAAAUUUUCUCUUGGGAAAUAUGGUGCAUUAUACUGAUUAUGUAUAUACUACUGAGUCUGUGCACUUUUUUGACACAAAAUAUUCGCAAGAAUAUCUUAUGGAGUAAAGAUAAAUGUAAAAACGUGUCUUUCAACGAACACUUAUUUCAUAACUUUGGAAACCUCUGCAAUCAAGGCUAUACUCCCAAACAUCUUAAAAAAUCGAGGAUAUUGGAAGUGUCGCUGAGCUUCUUUUGUUCUAUAAUAUAUAUGUCAUUUAGUGCUCUGUUAUUUAUUUAUGUAACGAAAAGUAUUUUCGUACCACCAUUUGAUAGUUUCGAGUCUUUGGUGGCUAAUACUAAAUACAGCGUUAUCAGUCUAAAAGGGUCAACUGGAGAUAUCGGAUUUAAGAUACUUAAUUUGGAACCAAUUGUACAAGCAAGAACGGCAAAACGCUUGAUUAUAAUACCAACAAUUGAGGACAUGCAUAAAAUGGCAUGUUCCUCGAAGAAAAAGAAAUAUGCCAUAUUUCAAGGCGAAGACAUGCAUAAAGUGAAUGGAGCUAUUAUAUGUCAUUUGAUUAACACUGGAAAACCUUUAUCAAAAAUAUGGGUAGCUUCCGGCAUCGUGAAGAAUUUUAAAUACAAAAGAACCAUCGAUCUUGAGUAAAAAAAAAAUAUCUAUA